CAGCGCUUUACGUAAUAUGACGUCCGGCAUCCGCGCCAAAUGCGAUUCUGUUUACGGAAGUCUCAGAGGGGUAUCGCCUGAACUGAUUCUUCAGAUUUGUCUGGCGUUUUCAUUUUAGUCAUAUGAUUUAUGAGGUAAUUACACCGUUUUCGAGUUGUAGAUUUUUCUUUGAAGUCCAAAUCUCAUGGAUAUUGAGGUCGAUAUAAUUGAUUUUAAAGUCCCUCUCGAAAACAACAAAACUAUUUUCGUUUGGGACAUUCAGCCAACAUUUUCAGAGGCCUACAUUUAUGAGUCCCUGUGGAGCGUGUAUUCAGCUUUUGGAGCUCUUUACCUGUUGAAGGUCUGUCCCAAUGCCACGGUGGCAGAACCUGGGUUCUAUGCACUGGUGAAGUUCUACUCAUCGGCACAGGCGUCUAAAGCUCAGCGGGCCACUGAUAAACAAUGUCUUUUCCAACGUUCUCCUUUAAAGGUCCGAUUGAGCACAAAGCAGAAUCUGUCCUUCUAUAGCUCUAAACCUCUCAGCCUUUCCAAAUGUCACAACCUGGCUAAUCACUACCUGGGCUUUGGCGGCUGGUCUACUCGCAUCGUUACUCUGAAGGACAUCUCAAGAUGCAGGGACGCAGGGUGCCAAGAAGAAACAGAUGACCAGAGUGUGCUUCUGAAAUAUGGUUGCAUAGCAGAGUUGACCUUCCAACAGCAUGGAAUGAGCUGCCAGGGGGUCGGGGUGGCAGAGGAGAUAAUCGACAACGAUCGAGAUCCAGAGGAAAAGCUGAGAAAAAGAGGGACGCUAAUGAAACGUGCCAAAGACAAAGCUGUGGUGGCUGCCUUUGAAAAAGUGCUUCUCAUGAUCUUGGGAAAUGGGAAAGUAGCGAUUGAGAUCAAGUAUGAUCCAGAUGAGAUCCUUCCAGAAGAGAACUCAGGAGGAGUCAUAAAAGUAAAUGACAUCUCCUGGAAUGAGUUUGAAGAUGCUGACAGUAAUACUGAGGAGGAUUUCCCAUGGGACCUCACAGUAGACCUCCCUCACUGACACCUACUCAAACUUUCUCAACCCACACAGUUGCCAGUGUUUUCUGGAUAAGUGACCACUGGAAAUGAUAUACGUUUUCUCUUUAAUGUUUGGUAUUGAUCAUAAUGUGUGCAGCAUUACGCUCAUCCUCUGUAGUUAACCUCCAAAUUUCAGUGCAACUGACCUCAGAUUCCUCUUCUCUAUUUCCAAAGCAGUUCUCAGGUGUUUUAUAUAUAUAUAUAUAUAUAUAUAUAUAUAAUAUAUAUAUAUAAAUGUGCUAUACUAGCAUGACCAUACAGGUUAAGUUUAAAGGUCAGAGCCACUGAUCUAUAUAUGAUUAAUAUAUAUAUUUAUAUGUAUGUAUGUAUAUGUUCUAGAUUAUAGAUCAGUGGUCAGAGCAGAUGUCAAGCCAAGAAAGACAUCCAAAAUGCAUUAACAUCUAAAAUCGUGUGUACUGAACAUGAUCUGCCUCUUUGUUUGAGUGAUUUGACUUUACUUUGAAUACAUUAAGACAGGUUUUAGUAUGUUCGCUUUUGUUUAUGUUGUGUGAAAUAAAAUAUACUUGAAGCAAUGAA